AAAAAGGUUUAAAAAAAAUUCGAGAAAUUGUUGCAAAUAUAUGGACAUGGCAUUAUCUUUUUUUGAGAAAUGUUCAAAAAUCAGUUUUUACAUAGAAAUCUGAAUUUAAUAGCAUGAAUGUAAGUUCAGAUGUUUUGUUUUUUAAAAAAGCAUUAUGAUUGUUGCUUUGUAUUUAGACCUUUUUUUUUUUUUUUCUUUUUGCAUUAGGUGGAAGCCAAAACACAUUAGUGGACAUUUAGUCAUAUUCAGAUGUCAAAUUACUUCAUUACCUAAAAAAACAAAUAUAUCAUGAUUUUGCAAAGGAAAAUACUUUCAAAUGAGUUGCAAAAUUUGUGAAAGAUAGCAUGGAUUAAGAUUUGACCAUGAUAUUUUUUUAAAAAAAAAAAAAAAAAGAUUGAACUCAAUAGAAUGCCAAUAAAAUAAAAAACAAAAAUUGUAAACUUAAAAAAAAAAAAAGAUUGAACUCAAUAGAAUGCCAAUAAAAUAAAAAACAAAAAUUGUAAACUUCAUAAAUUGUGUCCAUAUAUAAAUACAAAUAUCCUCUAAUAUGACACAAAACAGAUACUUUAGAACAAGUGUGGCGCAACACAACUGAGUGCUAUAGAGAGAAGCCCAAAGAAAACACUUGAAAAGAGUAACCCAAUAUCCAACAAAUCUAACAAGCUUCCAAGAAUUAUAGAGUAAGCCAAGCCCGCUGUCUGUUUCCCCUAUCUAAUUUCCUAUCAACAAUGGCACCAAAAAUAAAAACGAACACUGAAGAUGGAGAUGGUCAUCAUGUUAUAAAUUCUAUUACACAGUGUUAUAUAUAUAAUCUGCUCUCACUCACACACACUCCUUUUCUCGACUGCUACAGUAGUAUUAUAUACAUAUAUGGAGUCAAAAACUAAACUAGAAUGUAUACGAACCUGAUUUUCUGCUGAAACAACAAAAUUUUAAAUAAUUCUUUAAACCAUAAAGGAAAAGAAAAUUAAAGAUUAUAGAACUCAUGUGUUCAUGUGGAGCUAUCUCUCUCUCUCUCUCUCUCUCUCUCUCUCUCUCUCUCUCUUCCUUGCGCGUGAACCCACCUGGCAAUUUCAUCCAAUAUUUUUAUAUAUGAAAUAGAAAAAUGAGAGGAUCCUAGGUGGAGGUGGGGUGGUGGUGGUGGAGGUGCAGUUUUGUUGAUCUCUAGGCAUUUUGGGUGUUCUUUUUUUUUUUUUCUUUUCCCUUUUCCCCUAAUACUUUAAUGUUAUGGCAAGUUCUUGUGCUUGUUUAUUUUUGUUGUUUGGUUUGUAUUACUAGGUAAGGGUACUGAACACUAAACACUAUACUUUCUUGUUGUAGUUGUUGUGGUUGAGUUUUGAGUUCAAAGCAAGCAAGAAACGUAGUUUUUAGAAAGAGAAAGGAAGAGUAGCAGAAACCAAUGAUGCAAAUCCGAGAAGAUCAAAGUUUUGGAAAUUGAGGCAAAUGUCGAUGCCCAGCUCGAGGCAAAUCCUCUUCUUCUCUUCUUCUUCUUCUUGUUUAUCAUUCUUUAUCCUUACUCUUCUAUCGACUUCUUUAGCUUCACCACCGCAACAACAAAACCAUGAAGCCUCUAUCCUUUUUUCUUGGCUACGUUCUUCUCCUUCACCACCUUCUUUUCUCUCUAACUGGAACAAUCUUGAUUCCACUCCAUGCAAAUGGACCUCCAUAACAUGUUCUCUUCAAGGUUUUGUCACUGAAAUAAACAUUCAGUCAGUUCCUCUUCAGCUCCCUGUACCUUUAAAUCUGUCUUCUUUUCGCUCUCUUAGUAAACUUGUCAUUUCUGAUGCCAACCUCACUGGAACUAUUCCAAUUGAUAUCGGUAACUCUGUUUCACUCACUGUUCUUGACCUCAGUUCUAACAGUCUUGUUGGUACUAUUCCUGAAAGCAUUGGGCAGCUUCAAAAUCUUGAGGACUUGAUUCUUAACUCUAAUCAGCUAACAGGGAAAAUCCCAACUGAGUUAAGUAAUUGUACUAGCCUCAAGAAUUUGCUUCUUUUUGAUAAUCGUUUAAGUGGUUAUAUCCCAACUGAGCUAGGCAAAUUGUCUAGUCUUGAAGUUCUUAGAGCUGGUGGAAAUAAAGACAUUGUUGGCAAAAUUCCUGAUGAGCUUGGAGAUUGCAGCAACUUGACUGUUUUGGGACUGGCUGAUACAAGAGUUUCGGGUUCUUUACCUGUUUCAUUUGGUAAACUAAGCAAGCUGCAGACGCUAUCUAUUUAUACAACAAUGCUUUCUGGUGAGAUUCCUGCGGAUAUAGGUAACUGCUCUGAGCUUGUCAACUUGUUUCUUUAUGAAAAUAGUCUAUCCGGUUCCAUUCCUCCGGAGAUUGGUAAGCUUAAAAAACUUGAGCAAUUGUUGUUAUGGCAAAAUAGUCUUGUUGGAGUUAUUCCAGAGGAGAUUGGUAAUUGUACUAGCUUGAAAAUGAUUGAUCUUUCUUUGAAUUCUUUGUCUGGGACUAUACCUUCUUCUAUUGGAAGUCUUGUAGAGCUUGAAGAGUUUAUGAUCAGUAACAACAAUGUGUCUGGUUCAAUACCAUCCGAUCUUUCUAAUGCCACAAAUCUUUUGCAAUUGCAACUUGACACAAAUCAGAUCUCAGGUUUAAUCCCACCUGAGCUUGGAAUGUUGUCAAAGCUUAAUGUCUUUUUUGCCUGGCAAAACCAGCUUGAAGGAAGCAUUCCUUUUAGUUUGGCUAGAUGCAGUAAUCUCCAAGCACUGGACUUGUCUCACAAUUCACUCACUGGAAGCAUACCUCCAGGCCUGUUUCAGCUUCAGAACCUGACAAAGCUUCUCCUGAUUUCUAAUGACAUUUCUGGUUCUAUACCACCAGAGAUUGGAAAUUGUAGCUCUCUUGUGAGACUAAGACUUGGUAACAACAGGAUUGCUGGCGGCAUUCCUAAAGAAAUUGGGCAUCUUAGGAACUUGAAUUUUCUUGAUCUUUCUAGCAAUCGCCUUUCUGGGUCUGUUCCUGAUGAGAUAGGAAGCUGCACAGAGCUGCAAAUGAUAGACCUGAGCAACAACACUGUAGAGGGUUCCCUGCCUAACUCAUUGUCAUCUUUAAGUGGGCUUCAAGUCCUUGAUAUCUCAAUUAAUCAGUUUUCAGGUCAAGUACCAGCAAGUUUUGGUCGCCUUCUCUCGCUGAACAAGCUCAUUUUAAGCAGGAAUUCAUUCUCUGGGUCGAUACCUCCAUCCAUUAGCCUUUGCUCAAGCCUUCAAUUGCUUGACCUCGCUAGCAAUGAGCUGUCAGGCAGCAUCCCGAUGGAACUGGGUCGACUUGAAGCUCUUGAAAUUGCCCUCAAUCUUAGUUAUAAUGGACUUACAGGGCCAAUUCCACCUCCGAUAUCUGCACUCACCAAGCUGUCUAUUCUGGAUCUUUCACAUAACAAGCUUGAGGGUGAUCUGAGUCACCUUUCAGGCCUUGACAAUCUUGUUUCUCUCAAUGUAUCUUACAACAACUUCACUGGGUAUCUUCCUGAUAAUAAGCUGUUUAGACAGCUAUCACCAGCAGACUUGGCCGGUAACCAAGGCUUAUGUUCUUCCCUCAAGGAUUCAUGUUUUUUGAGUGAUAUAGGCAGGACAGGAUUGCAAAGAAAUGGAAAUGACAUAAGGCAGUCCAGAAAACUUAAGCUGGCAAUUGCUUUGCUGAUCACAUUGACAGUGGCAAUGGUGAUUAUGGGCACAUUUGCAAUUAUUCGCGCACGAAGAACCAUUAGAGAUGAUGACGAGUCUGUAUUGGGAGACUCAUGGCCGUGGCAAUUCACUCCAUUCCAGAAGCUGAACUUCUCUGUGGAUCAAAUAUUAAGGUCCCUGGUGGAUACCAAUGUGAUCGGGAAGGGAUGUUCUGGAAUUGUUUAUCGUGCUGAUAUGGAGAAUGGCGAUGUCAUUGCUGUGAAGAAGCUCUGGCCAAAUACAAUGGCUACAACCAAUGGUUGCAAUGACGAAAAAAGUGGUGUUCGUGAUUCUUUCUCAGCAGAAAUUAAAACACUUGGUUCCAUCAGGCACAAGAAUAUUGUUAGGUUCUUGGGUUGUUGUUGGAAUCGAAACACGAGAUUGCUAAUGUAUGAUUAUAUGCCUAAUGGGAGCUUGGGCAGUCUCCUCCAUGAAAGAACAGGAAAUGCAUUGGAAUGGGAUCUUAGGUACCAAAUUUUGUUGGGAGCAGCAGAAGGCCUGGCUUAUUUGCACCAUGAUUGUGUUCCUCCAAUUGUCCACAGGGAUAUCAAAGCCAAUAACAUCCUGAUUGGCCUUGAAUUCGAGCCUUAUAUUGCAGACUUCGGCCUUGCUAAGCUUGUCGAUGAUGGCGAUUUUGCUCGGUCCUCCAAUACAGUUGCAGGCUCUUAUGGAUAUAUUGCUCCUGAAUAUGGUUACAUGAUGAAGAUCACAGAAAAGAGCGAUGUGUAUAGCUAUGGGGUAGUGGUGUUGGAAGUACUAACAGGUAAGCAACCGAUCGAUCCAACCAUACCCGAAGGACUACAUGUAGCGGAUUGGGUUAGACAGAAGAAGGGAGGAAUUGAGGUGCUAGAUCCUAGUCUACUAUCAAGACCAGGACCCGAAAUCGAUGAGAUGAUGCAAGCAUUAGGCAUUGCCUUACUCUGUGUAAAUUCAUCUCCUGACGAAAGGCCGACAAUGAAAGAUGUUGCUGCAAUGCUUAAGGAGAUAAAACAUGAAAGGGAGGAGUACGCAAAAGUUGAUAUGCUCCUUAAAGCAUCACCAGCAGCAGCUGCUGAUACAGAAAAUAAGAAUUCAAGGAAUGGAGUUCCAGCAACUACUUCAUCGUCAAAGCCACAACAAACAAUGGCAAAUUUAUAUCCAAAAAGCAAUAACUCAAGCUUCUCUGCUUCCUCAUUACUUUACUCAUCUUCCCGUAAUGCCAAAAUGGGUUUCAAGUGAUGAAAUUUUUUAAAAUGUUACACAGUUAUGUAGAGGGGGAUUAAGCUUGUUUCCUUUUAUGUUUCUUCAGUUUGGUUUCCCUUUGUUCUUUUCAAUGUAAAGUAAAAGGUUGAUAUAAUUUGUUAUAACUUAAUGCAAAACAACUAGAGCCAAUAAUGGACUUCAGUUCCUUCCAAGGAUAA